AUGAAGUUGCCUCGUCUCUUCAAAAAGAAGGAAACAACAUCGGCAGUGCCAUGGCAGUACUGGCCCUCUUGCAACCACCCCAAGACGCUUUCCUUCCGAGCCGGCAGUGGGAGUGGCAGUGACAACAUGUUCAAGACUGACAACUCCGUCUUGUUCGAUCCAGUUACGGAAGGAGGAGCUGAUCAGUCUUGGUUCAUAAACUCCUCCUCCUCCUCAGAUAAUCAGUCAACAACCGAGUGUGAUCAUGAGGACGGAGAGGAGUCCUUGGAUACGGUGGUUGUCCGAGGGGCAAGAUCCGAAAGGCUGUUUUUCAAGGCGGAAGACACGAGCUCCAUGGUACAAAAGGCGAAAGGCGCCGGCGGAGGAGAGAUGAUGAAUCCGUUGUUGAAGGAAAAGUACGUGGUGGUGUUAGCCAGCAUGGAAUCGGAGGAUCCGUUGAAAGAUUUUAGGAGGUCAAUGGAGGAGAUGGUGGAAUGUCAUGGGCUUAGUAAAGAUUGGGAGGGUUUGGAGGAGUUGUUGGGAUGGUAUUUGAAGGUCAACCAGAAGAGCAACCAUGGCUUUAUAGUGGCAGCAUUUGUGGAUCUCCUUCUUGCUCUUUCUGCUGCUGCAGCUGCUCCUUCUCAUCCUAAUGAUUAUUAUUCCACCUCUUUUUCUUCUGCCAUUUCUUCUUUUUCUAGAUCUUCUCCACUGUCAUCUUCUUUUCAAGGUCAGGAGGAGGAUGACAUUGCAGAACAAGUAGAGAUCACAAUGUCUUAG